AUGCCGAUAGCGGCAUAUCUAAUAUGGUUCUAUGCUUGCAGAUUUAUUCCGAGCGAAUGGCGUCCUUCGAUCUGGGUCAAAGUCCUACCUGCUCUCGAGAAUAUCCUUUACGGCGCCAAUCUCAGUAACAUCCUUUCCGCACACAAAAGCACGGCAUUGGAUCUUUUGGCAUGGUUCCCGUACGGCCUCGGACACUUCGGUGCGCCUUUCGUCUGCUCCGGCAUAAUGUUCUUGUUCGCUCCUCCUACCACUAUCCGAUAUUUCGGUUAUGCUUUCGGUUGGAUGAACAUAAUCGGUGUGACGACUCAAGUACUAUUCCCCUGUUCCCCACCAUGGUAUGAGAAUAUGUACGGACUAGCACCCGCAAACUAUUCUAUGAAGGGUUCUCCUGCUGGCUUAGCCCGAAUUGAUGCUCUCUUGGGCAUUGAUCUCUACACCUCUGGAUUUACCGCUUCACCGAUGGUAUUUGGAGCACUUCCCUCGCUGCAUGCUGCAGAUUCAACUCUCGAGGCUCUUUUCAUGAGCCACUGUUUCCCGAAACUCACACCCCUUUUCGCAACCUACGUCCUAUGGCUCUGGUGGUCUACGAUGUACCUUUCUCACCAUUAUGCCGUGGAUCUAGUGGCAGGAAGUCUGUUGGCUGCUGUCAUUUUUUACUUCACGAAAGCUCGCUUUCUCCCUAGAAUCCAGCCGGACAAGAAGUUCCGCUGGGAUUACGACUAUAUUGAGUGUGGGGAUGCUCCAACAACCGAACAUGGCUACGGUAUAGUUCAUGGCUCACAUCCAGACAGCGACGAAUGGACAGUCGGCUCUUCUUCUUCUGUUUCGUCGGGCUCUCUAAGCCCAGUCGAUGAGGAGCGACACGUCUGGGCCGAUGUCUAUACAACCUCAAGGUGA